GCUCAUUUCAUAGUGACAUAGGCAGCAUUUGAUCUUAGUCAGUUGUCUCUUGUUGGCCUUUUGGCUAUCUGCCUCAGUACUGGACUCUUCAGAUGUUUAUCUUCCAGAUGGCAAAAUUCACCCCUUUGUAGAGGUGGCUGCAGAAUGUCUGUGCAUCACUUAAGUCCCACUUUAAAACUUACUUUGAGGUCUUAUCUGAGACUACCCCCUUUACCUAGGGCUGUAUUUCCUCCAUAGAGUACUGAACUGUGCUGUUUGGUACUAAGGGGGGGGGGGGGGGGGAAUUCCUUCCUGACCCCGAUAUCACUUUAUGCCCUGAAGCAUGAGGCUUGGUCUUCUGGGGGAAGGUUAUCCUGCCUAGUGUCUCUGCAGAUGAUGAUAACCUGGUAAAUGGACAAGACUUGUAUAGGAUUAUCUUCCUCUGUAACCUUGUCCAGAGCCUGCGUGGUGGAUUCCAGCCUCUUCCCAGUGGCUAAGUAUCUACACUGAAACAUGCCUGACACCACGCCUCUGGAAAGUGAGGCUGCAUCCUGCAAAGCUAACCUGCAGCCCCUCAUGCAAAGGCCACAAGUGAAUGACUGAAGGCCCAGCAGAGAGAGUCUGCAGAGUGUCUCUAAUAGUAACCAUUCCAAAGAUAGCACGUGGCUUUAACAUAGUCCUCACUGGGCAGGAUGUGAUGAGUGAUGUCAGCUCCAUUUGUUAGUCAUGGUUAGCUGAUGGGGAAUCCUAGUCCUGUAGAGUCGCUGAUGCUUUAUCACCAGCACACAUGCAGAAUGCAGCACUUUGGAAGUUGUCCCUCAGCAGAUGAUUUCCCUGCAGGGAAUCAAGCUGUCUCUUACUGCCCCAGCAACAAGUGUGGCAGGAUGAGGAGAACCCUGAAGGCCUGGUACUGGAUAAUCAUGCUCGUGCUCGCUGUCUUCAGUGAGGCUGCGUUUUGCCGAAGAGGAGGAGGAGGAGGAAGAAGAAGCGGAGGAGGAGGAAGCGGGAAAAAUGGAGGAGGAAGCGGAGGGAGGCGCGGGGGAUUCCAGGCCCUCCCGAAGAGCAGCAGCAGCCAGAGCAAAGAGAGCAGCUCCAGGGGUGGGGUGAAGAUGGCCGGAGCAGCUGCCGCCGGGGCUGCCAUUGGGUACGGCCUGGGCGCUCUUGGGAGGUCUCGCCACUCCCGCGUAGGCCAUGGCGCUUCAGGAGGAAGGCAGGUGCCACUGAGUGGCCAGGGCUAUUCCAACUGGUCACACCCCCUCAUGGAAGGAGAGUUCUACAACCGGGCCCCGAAGGAUGCUGAAGGCCUCACUGCCCUGCUUCUGUCUCCAAUUGGGUGCUGCCUUAGUAUUCUCCUUAGGGGCUGAACAGUGCCCCCCGCCCCAGUAAGUUAAGCAAUGAGGAAGAGAGAGAGGCUGUGCACCUCCUUAAUGCCGGACUCGUCUAAUCUGCGUGUAGGUAAACCCAGGGUGCUGUGUCGAGAGCUGGGCGAACCCCUUUCGAGGCUGGGCCACGAUGGGUUUGCUAUUUUUUAUGAUUUUUUGUACCGUUUGUAGCUGGCUGGCAGGAGUGGAACUACAGCGAGGGCUGGAGGUCAGAUGGAACCAACUUUCCACCCCAGUUCGCUAAAAUUUAACCCUCUAGGCAAGGCAGAGGUCUAAUGGGUUUGGGAGUAUUCGCAUGCAGUUGAAGCUAGACACAUGCAUAAUCAGGGCAUUGGUGCUGAAUGGUGCAACAAUGUAUGAGGCCCUUCAUCUUUGCCGAGGGCGAUCUGAAACAAAAAUUCCUAUUCUGCUGCGUGAUAGGGUGAAUUGGAAGAAAAUCCAGUGAAAGGCAUAGAAUUACACUGCAAGUGCAUGUGAAGGUGAAAGCAGGCCCCUCCAAGCCCUGUGCAUCCAGUGUGAUGAUAGAUCUGAGCCCCAGUUGUAGCCCAGGACCCUAUUGUGCUAGGCGCUAAACAAAAAGCUGGUCCCUGCCCCAAAUUGCUUACAAUCUAAGUAUAGAACAAGAGACGGUAUAGAACACCUGGAGACCGACAGCCAUCUAACACUGUUUGCUUUCUCUCUCGGAUGUUCUCCCUAGUCUUGCUCUAAGGCAAAGAGAUGGACUUCAUGAAGCAGAGUCACCUUCCCCACUGUCAAUAACCCUACAGUUUUUGGGGGGAACAGAACCACAACGCCAUCGCAAAGGAGCAAGCUGAGGGCUGGUGCUGAUUUUUGCAAGUCUUUUUAGAUCAGCUUUUGGCUUGACAAAAGUCCAAGCCAGCUGUUGGGUUUUUUUGGGAGGGGGGUCUCUGGAUCCAAGUAUCCAGCCUCUUGUUCUUCAAAGUUCAGCUUAAUUACUUAAAUUAAAACCCAGUCCUGACAAAGCCUGAUGUCUAGUUAGAGGCUGGAUUUGAUAGGACUUGGGCUUCCACAGUCCAUAGGACCUCUAGAAAAUUCAGCCAUGGUUCUUGCAACCCUCUAGUGCCUUCUAAUUCUAAUAAACAGAGCUCACUACAGCCACUAGGCCUUUUGUGCCACUUAUUCCAUGAUCUUUUAUUAAAUUGCUUUGUUUCAAUAAAGCUCUAAAAACGAGACCUCAGCUGAUUAAUUGAAAACUGUCAGGAAUUCUCCAACAGCACAGUCAGCCAGGGCACCAGGCCAGGAUCCAAGGGCCUGUUCAUAGCUUCCAUACAUAUAACUAUUCCCAAGCAUCUGAGAAUCUCAGUUAAGGAUUAGGGCCCCAGCGCAUUAGGUGUAGCACAGACACGUUAAGCCUCACAAGCUCCAUAAAAGAUAGCAGUGGAUGAAACCCCCGCAGUGGGUAGGGGUGGGUGGGUUAGCAGGAUAAGAUAAUAAAACUGAAUUUAGCGCACAACAAAAAGCAAAAGUCCCAGCUCCCCCCUCUGCUAGUCUAAUUAAACGUUGGAGCUGGCUGCUAUCAUUCGAAAUUUCUGGGAACCUUUUCAAAAGUCUUCAUGACAUUUUUCAAGUUCUCUGAACCAGCUCUUGUUAAUAAAUAUACCAUUAAAGAAAAACGUGUAAACCCCUGAACACUGCAUCUUCCCUCUCCAGGUCUGGCUGAGCCCCUACAGGGCGUGCGUUAAUUACAGCUCUCCACAGGCAAGGAUGUCUUUAUUUUAUUUUUUUUAGCUCGGGCUGUGGUGACUCAUGCUUUGAACACCAGAGGUUCCCAGUUGAAUUCCCAGUGUCCUCCAAAAGGACGAUUACCACAACUGUGCACAGCCGUUCUAGGUGCUGCUAUUUUCUUUGACAUGAUUAGAACUUGCUUGGUUUUUUUCUUGCCCCUCAUCCUGCACGUCCAUAUUUUUACAAGGCUCUAUAAGGAGGGCCCUACCAAAUUCAUGCCCAUGAAAAAUGUGUCCCGGACCAUGAAAUCUGGUCUCCCCCUGUGAAAUCUGUAUAGUACAGGGUAAAAGCACACAAA